GGUAAAUCCGAACUUCCGUUUUGCUGUUUGACAGGAGCUGAUCAGUAUUAGCUAAUUGCUGUCAAAAGGUGAGAGUCUGCUGUGAUCCUGUGGUGUCGAUGACGUUCUAAUGGUGGGCCAAUCAGGUGCGAGAUCACAUCCCAAUUCGGCCAAUCAGAUUUGAGCAUGCCGACUGACAGUGUUGGGAAGUCAAUGAAAGUGAAAGCUGGUGCACGGGGAGCAGGGACAAGACAGGACGAUGGCAACUCUCAAGCCAUCAUGAGUAGAUACGAUUCGGACAUUGAUGGACUGCUGCCCCCUGGUGUCAGGGGAAGACUGAAUGACCUUUUCAGAGAAAUUGAAAGGGAAUUUGAGAAUUUGUAUGCAGAAAAUUUAGCAUUACAAGACCGUGUAGAGGGGCUGACCGAACGUCUGGAAGUCUGUUCUGUUGGAGAAAAACCAGCGUCUGAAAACCAGGACACUACUGACCACCUCGAGGUCAACAAACCCAAGCGAUCAGCCAGUCAGAUAUCUCAGAAGAUAAAAUCUACCUAUAAAGUAUCGACCAGUAAGAUUGUGUCCAGCUUCCGUAACCCUUCUCCUAUCUACGCUGUUGCCCGCGACUACCGAGGACAUCGAGAUGGGGUUUGGGAAGUCACAGUUGCUCGGUCAGAUCAACAGCUUAUCGGCACAGCUUCUGCAGAUCACACAGCCCGAGUUUGGUGUAUUCACUCCGGAAUGUGCCUGCUGCAGUACCAGGGACAUCAAGGCUCUGUUAACUCCAUCCGCUUCCAUCCCGCACAGGAGUUGGUACUCACAGCUUCUGGGGAUCAAACUGCGCACAUCUGGGGGGCUCACGUCAACAUCCCUAGUAUAGAGGUAAACAUUGGGGUCAACAUCCCUUCUAUAGAGAGAUCCCAUUCCUCGGGAGAAGAUGACCUGGAUGGAUCUGAGAAAGAGGACUCAGUUGAUGACUUUCUCGAGUCGACUCCCGAGGAGAGCUCGCUGAGAACACCUUCAAUGGAGCUGACUGGACACAAUGGGGUGGUGGUGUCAGCUGAUUGGAUGGCUGAUGGAGGUCAGGUGAUCACAGCAUCAUGGGAUAGGACAGCCAUCUUGUAUGAUGCUGAGUCCGGAGAACAAAUCAAUACUCUAACAGGUCAUGACCAAGAACUGACGGAGGUACGGGCCCACCCCACACAGAGAAUGGUGGUCACUUCAUCCAAAGACACGACCUUCAGGUUGUGGGACUUCCGAGACCCAAAUAUGCUGGUCAAUGUUUUCCAAGGUCACACGCAACCAGUCACAAGUGCCGUGUUUGCAGGAAGUGACAAAGUUGUUUCUGGUAGUGAUGACCGCACUAUUAAGGUGUGGGACAUCAAGAACAUGCGAUCUCCAAUCUCCGCCAUCCGAUCAGACUCAUCUGUCAAUAGAUUGUCUGUGUCCCAGGCACAUAACACCAUAGCUAUUCCACAUGACAACAGGCAUAUCCGUCUGUAUGAUAUCCACGGUAACAGAAUUGGAAGGUUACCUCGCAGUAACAGACAGGGUCACACAAAGAUGGUGACAGCCGUGGCGUGGGCCGACGAUCACCCCAUCUGCAACUUAUUCACCUGUGGUUUUGACAGACAGGUGUUUGGCUGGAACAUCAACAUACACAAUAAGGAAUAAACAGAGUUCCUUCCGAGAUGGAAAUCAUAACCCAUAACAUGUACAACCAGGAGAAGGAAGAUAAUCUUCGGAGACGAACAUCUUAAGACAGAAUUACGUUCGUACUCCGAGUUCUUUUCAUGCAGCUGCAACUGUUAUCAGCAAGUCAAUAAGCUAUUGAACCUUUGAAAAGUUGUUUCUUUUCUUUAAGAAAAGUUGUGUGUGUAUAAGGAUUGACAUAAGGGAGGUAACUCUCAAAGUGAAGAUGAAUCAACAGUAUAUAAUGCAGUUACAUGCGAUGUGGAUUUGAAAUAGAUAUCUUCAGGAUGUUCACUGUGAUAAGAUGAAUAUUUGUGAAUAAGGACAUCGGAUGGGAUGGUGAGAUAUUAUUACCGGGGUCACCAAGAUACUUCCAUAGUUUAUGGUCAAUUGACAAUGUGACAGUGUUGUAGAGUUUUUAGAGGUAGGAAUUUCAUAAAUGUAUGGAUUAAAAUUAAGAUGUUCACAGUAGUGUAGAUGGCUUAAUGAGUGCCCCUCCCCCAAUUUAAUUAAGACUUAAUUAGUGUCUAUACUGGCUAGUGUUUGUGGAAAUUUUUUUUAAUAGAAAAACUCUAUAAUUGCUAUUAUCCUAAGUUCCCAGUAGACUUUUUAGGUUUAAUAUGGUAAAAAAUAAGAUGUGUACAUACAACUAUUUAUAGACUUACAUACGGAAUGUUGCUUAUGGUACCGUUGUUGUUGUAUGUGUAAAUUUAGUCUGAAUUGUUCGGUGAUACCCGAUUGUGGGCAGACUUGGUACAGACCAGUAUACAUGUGUGAUAGAAAAAUCCUGUCUGUGCUGGGGGGCUUCAGCUAGUGACUUCUCUAUACUUGUACCACUAGGCUAAAGAGAAAUUUCCACUUGUCUGAACUAUUAUGGUCACCUAAACUCUUAAACGUAAUAUAUAUAAUCACUACUGGAAAUAUAGCCAUGAAAUAUGUGAAAACACCAGGAAAUUGCAGUCGUGAAAAGGCCAUGCAAAUUUUAAUUCAUGGUUUCUUCGUGUGGCUAUGAAAAAUAAUGUAUAAAUUUUCAUGUCUACUUUCACAGAUUUUUCACAUUUUCAUGGCUUUAUCAAGAUAUUUUCACAGAAUAUUCAUGGAAAAUUAUUCCAUUAGUGAAUAUUAGUGGCUAAUAAUGCGGGGUGGGGGGGUAAAGAUAUGUGCAAUACAACAUACAGGAUAUUGUAAUUAAUGACCAAUAACGUUCAUGUAAUAUCUGUAAUGUUGCAUUUCUGGUCUUUCUUUCUCCAGAUCUGUUCUUUUUGUUUUGUUUUUGUUUGUUUUUGAAUUUAUUAAAUUAAUGGUAGGUCAAGCUUGGUAGCUUCGUAUGGAUUCAAGUUUGAUGAAAUCAAAAUAUCUGUAGAAUCCUAUAAAGAAAUUUUGUGAUAUAAUAAUCCAAUAGGCAAUGCUAGUCAUAGGGACAUUUAAUGGUGCUCAUUUUAUGGGGUUUGUUGUCUCGUAAGUACUUGUAUUUCUAGAAGGGGAGAGAAGCAGAGGAAAUCUCUCAUUCUUUUCUUCGCAAAAUAAAAAUAACAGUGUCAGAUUGGUUAACUGAGAACAAAAAUAUCAUUCUGAUCAAAUUUAGUUAUAUAUCAUAAUUAUAGAGGAUAACAUUGAAUCAUGUAAACUAUUAUUUAUGUAUAAUUUGUUUGUCAAGAUCAAGAUCACCUGAGUGCUUGAAUCUAGUGAGUGAGACUAGUGCUGAGAAACCCAGACAUCACUGGAACUGUAUUUUACUACUAACAUAAUGUAAUGGAUCAUUUUACUGUACGGUACAGUGCUCAUUAAACCCGUUGAUGGAA